AUGCGCUCGGGUACACUGCUCGCUCUCGCGGCCACCGCAGGCCCCGUUCUGGCCGACCAACACUAUUUCUUUGCGGGAGCCUUUUCCGGCUCUACUAUUUUCGGUUUCGAGUUCGAUGAUGUGGCCUCUACCCUCACCCUCGCGAAUAACAUCACGACCAACGCCAGCUCCGGCUCCAAGUGGAUCGCUCUCGACGCUGCUAAGAAGAACUUAUACGUCGCAUCCAGCGGCUACUUCCAGAGCUAUGCCAUCACAGACGAUCUAGGUCUGACAUACUCUAGUAACGUCAGCUUGACUUCGGAUUGCAACAAUGGCAACUUCAUUUCGGUCCUGACCACAGAGCCCUACACCGUCUUCGGCACCCCGUACGGCGGCGGCUGCCCAACGCUGGCCAUCUCGGUGGACGAGUCAGGCAUACUGCAGUCGACUUUCGCCAACGCCAGCUACAGCAGCGCCGGUGGUGUGCACGGGACCUCGCUGAGCCCCGAUAUGCGGUUUUUGUACUCAGCAGACGACAUGGGCGACGCUGUCUGGGUGCACUCGUACGAUAACGAGACAGGCACAAUCGAAGAGAUUCAGUACCUGGCCGCUGCUGACGACAUGGAUCCCCGUCACUUGGCCGCUCACCCCAACGGAAAAUGGGUCUACGUCGUCUACGAGGCCGGCAACUCAGUUGCCGUCUAUAGCCGUAGUGCGUGCACUGGGAAGCUGACUUUCACUAACACGACCUACUCCCUGCUCCCUUCGGGUAAGCGCCAUCCAUCCAACCCUCUGAACUACAGGGAUCGAACUUGGGCUGACCUUGGCUGGACAAUAGGCUUCACAAACUCGUCCUCGUACUGGGCCGAUGAGGUGCUCUUCUCCGUCCCCAGCAACAACAGCAGCGCGGCAUCUCCCAAGUACCUCUUGGCAGCCACGCGCUCGCGCACCGUGGGCGUGCCUGGCUACGUCUCAGCCUUCGCACUGGAUGCCGACACGGGCGCCAUCACGGAGCAACUUUUCCUGACCCCCACGACCAACAGUGGCGGCUCUGCCAACGCCGUCUCACCCGCCGCCUUCGCAGAGGACUACUUUGCCAUCACCGACUCGGGCUCCAACUUUGUCGAAGUCUGGAAGAUCGAAGGAGCCGACGCCACCGCCGUGGCUCACGUCGACCUGGCUACGGGACCGGCGAACGUCGUCUGGUACAGCUAA